GUUGAAAUUAAAAAUGGUUUUUGCAAAGGUUUUUGAGUUUGUUGGUUACUUGACUUUCUUUUCAAUUGGAGUUAUGUUGUUUUGCUUUAUAUGGAAAAUGCUUCGAUGCUACUUCCUUACAAAAUUCGGAUUUACUUAUAAUUUAAAUCAGUUUGGGGAUUGGGCUGUUGUCACUGGUGCUACAGAUGGGAUUGGAAAAGAAUACGCACGUCAGCUUGCAUCAAAAGGUCUUAACAUUGUGUUGAUAAGUAGAUCAGAAACAAAGUUACAGAAUACAGCCCAGGAAAUUGUAAACGAUUACAAAGUUAAAACAAAAAUAAUAACUUUUGAUUUUACUAACUCAAAUGGAUAUAAUGUGAUUGCAUCUGAAUUGGAAAAUUUAAAUGUGGGCAUAUUAGUAAAUAAUGUGGGUAUGGUAUAUGGUUCUCUUUAUAGUUACCAUAAUUGUGAUUUGAAUCAUUUUUGUGAUGUUUUACGCUGCAAUGUCUUCUCAGAUUUUUGUGUGACUAAAAUUGUGUUAAAGAACAUGAUGACAAACAAAAAAGGCGUAAUAAUUCACAUAUCCUCUGGUGUUAUUUAUCUUGAUGCUCCUUAUUCAAACAUAUAUGGACCAUCUAAGUUUUUUAUGAAAAGAUUUGCAACCUCCUUACAGCUGGAAUCCUCUGGAAUUCAUCACCAGAUCUUAACUCCCAUGUACGUUGAAUCGAAGCUAUCUAAAAGAAAAGCGGGAAUUAUGGUUCCAACAGCUGGAGAAUAUGUAAAAUCUGCUCUUCGUACAGUAGGAGUAGCUGAAGUUUUGUGUGGCUACUGGUCACACGAAUUAUUAUGUGUUGUAAUUAAAAUAUGUCCUGCUUUUCUUGUAGAUUUUGUAUAUCAACAAAUUAGAAGUGAAAUAUUAAAAAAUGUUUGAUUUUGUGAAUUUGGUUUAAAAUUUAGGGAAAAAAAGAUUGUUUUCUAUAUACAUUACAGUCAUAUAAAAAAGACAUUAAACAAGAACAUGUAAUUUCAGGAGGUAGCACAUGUCAGGCUAGGUAAAGUAUUAAAAUGCAAAAUAUGAUAAUGUUAUGUCAAGAAACAGCCAAAAAUAUAUUUAAAAAUUAGCCAAUCAGUACACUUGAAAAAAACAGCGAAAUAUAUCUUUUUGGUUUUCGUAAUAUCUCUUAAUUGCAAAAAUAACUGUAUUUUUUCUUUCCCUUUAAGCACCCCUGUCUUUUUUAUGUAAUCACUGAAGUAUUUGACUUGUUUUCGUUGCAUUUGUUGCAUAUAGUACUUACUUUUGUUAGCCCUGUGUCCAUCAACAUUUUAACAUCCCUGUCUCAAGGGUGUCAAUUUUUGUAACAACCUCUGAAAUAUUUCGUUUAAUGGUUUGAAAUUUGAUGACCUUUUUUUCUCUUUUAGUUAGCUUUAGGACCAUCAAUAUUUUUUCAUUUGAAGCCACAACUGUUGCCAUUGUGAUUCAUUGGUUGCCAUGGAAUAAAUCGAACAAUCAGAGUUGUUCAUUUUGUUUUGUUGCCAUUGUGAUCCAUUGGUUGCCAUGGAACGAAUCAAUCAAUGGGAGCUGUUCGUUUUGUGCUUUAUUAUACAUCAGAAUUUUGGAAUUUUUCUCAUCGGCUAUAGUGUUUUGUCUAGUGUUUUAAAUAUCAUGUAUACAAACUUCUA